AACUCUGGUUUAACCAGUUCCAUAUAGGACGUGGAAUUAUACAGAACAUAAUGAAGUGGUUUAAAGCCGACAGCCGGUUAAUUUACAGAUAUUUAUUACCUAAAAACAGUCACUAUUAAUAUUAGUUUUCUUUUCAACAUUCAUAUCUUUUGUAUUUUUUAAAAUUUAUAUCUACCUCCAUCAUUUUUUCUAUCUUGAGGUUAAUAUAGAAAAAAUCGUGAUAUUCCACAUUUCAAAGAUAAGUCUGUUUUCUGAAUAAGAAGUGCACUCUGCCAGAUAUUUACUUUUUGUGAUUAGAAAUGUAUACUUUGUAUUAAAUUAAAAAGUGACACAAAAAAUAUUAUAUAUGUCCUGUGGCAAAUGGAAAUAAUUGAGUAUGAAAAAACGAUUGCUCAACCAUCGUUUUUUGCCUGGAAUUCGGUCCCACCGCCUAAAACGUUUAUAACCAAUUAGAAAAUGGCCUCUUUGUCGGGAGAUGGAGGGCCAGGCUCUACCCGGUGUAUUUUACUUUUGCAAAGAGCAUUAGCAAUUCAAUUAACGAGAGGCACUUGUUGCCAAAUUCUUAAUUCUGGUCAAAGGACUGACUAUUUAAAAGACCAUCCUGCUGAUGAAAUGUGGAUGUAUGAUAAAGGCUACAAUCUAUUCCAGAGUUUCUUGGAAGCAAAUUCUAAAUGCUGGUGGAAUGUUGCAUUAGUAGAUGCCACUCGUCAGCUUCGAUACAAAGGUCAUGUGUCACCGGGUGUACUGAUGGUUGGAGGGCCACCAUGUGCUCUGGAAGUCUUAAGAGCGGCAUGGGCUCGAAAUGUCCUAAGGCCUCCUGCGGAUCACACAAUUACUUGCCUUGGAGACAUUGACGAUUGUCUAGUGGCUCCAGUAGCUCAGGGACAAUUUACACCUCUACCCGAAGCUCUUUGCUGGGCAAUAUUAGAACUAACUACACAGAGACAGGCAGCGACUCUUGAUACUCUCAGGUCAGCAUUGAAAAAUGCAUUUCCUACAAUGCAACGACCAAGUCGAGAACUUGUAUACGAUGCUUUAGCAAAAUUAAUGCAAGAACGAAAGAUUUAUCACACAUCCCAAGGCUAUUUUGUUGUAACUCCAGAGACAAAAAGACUUAGGCGAGACAAUGUCAGAAGAAACUCGAGAGAAGUAUCAACAACCAAUCAAAUGUUGAUGAGUAAUGAUGAAGCCAUGGCACUAGUUCAUGGUGAAAUGAUAACUCUUAGGGAUGGAGAUGUUACACAUCAAGCAGUGCAGACAAACUUGGCUGACGUAAUUUGUGGUGGUAAUCCAAAUGACAAGGUACUUUUUGCCAGAUGUCGUUCUGUUCCUGGUCGCCUUGAAAGGCGCCACUCGCUAAGACUAUGGGGUUCAGCUAGACGUCUCCAUCAAAGUGGAAGUUCUAGAUCUCUUCCUCGAAGGCCAGAUCAAAGUGAUACUUCCUCUAGUGCCGAAUAUGCCAGCACUGAUAGUACACCGCACAGUCCAACUAUAAUCAAUUAUAUUAAUUUUACAGAAAAAGUAGGACUUCUCUCUCGUCUCUUUCGACGUAGUACUAGAAGGAAAACUCCAAUAAUGGGAACGUUUAGUGCACAGUAUCCUCCAACAGAAUGGUUCAAUCCACGAGUCGUUCAUCUGCAUAGUGUAGCAACUCAAACUCGAGCUGCCAGUCCUUCUAUAUUGGAAGGUUUAGAUCAGGCUAGUUUUCAAGUAUGGGAUGACUCUAGUUCAGUUCGUUCAGCGACGCUUCCCCGACGACAUCGUCGACAGCCGAGUGGCGAUUCUUCUAGUUUGUUAGCCAACUCAACACCCAGGAGUUCUAGACGACAUAGAUCACCAUGUUCAACUCUACCAAGAUCAAAAUGUUCUAGUUUAAGCAGAUGUGCUUCAGGAACAUCUGUACAUCCAUCUAAUCAACAGCAACAAAAAACAGAACAAACAGAAAACAAAACUGAAAACAUUAAAUUAUCCGGUUCGCCCAAUAGAAUUGGCGGAAGUUUUGGAUCAGUGAGAGCUAAAUCUGCAAAUAUUGGAACAAAAUCAGCAAAGCCAAGGAGACCAAGUCAAGAUUUCAGUAGUUCCAAAUCUCUCAAUACUUCACAACAAAUUAUCCAGAAAACAUCAAGUCAUUCGUCCAGCAGUACAUCAAACGGAAAAAUAUCUUCCACCUCAGUUCCACCUCUGAAAAUAUCCAGCUUUACAAGUUCUUCUCCACUUAAACUUAUUCAACAACAAGGUAGUUUGACGCCACUGCAAGAAACUCAAAAUUCGAUUACUCUUCAAGUUUCCACUAAUCUCAGCCCAGCUGCUACUCCUCAAGAAUCAAGGACUGUUCAAAGUAGUGUAACGCUCGCUUCAAAUGCCAUUAGUUCAACAACUAUUUCCGGAUCCCCAGGUACAAAAAUCUAUGUACAUCAAAACAAUUCGCCUAUAAGAUCUGUUGUCACGUUUGAAAACACUCAAACAAAAACAGAAAAAGAUGCAAAUACAAAAGAAAAGCCAGAGAAGGAAUUGUUUCUCGAGGCACAUAAAACUGAAGAUGAAGUAAAGUUUUCAAAAAGAACAUCAGACGACUGGAAACAAUCUAUUAAACUGGUUGAAAGGCCUUCAUCUCUCUAUGCGCCACCCACAUUUCCUGAAUCGGACAAGGAAAACAAACCUAAAAUUGAUGAAGAAGUUGCGCUCAACAAAUUAAAACUUACAAAUCGAUUAAAUAACAGUCAACAUAGAAUUGACGGAUCUUCAAAUAACAUCAAUUCACCAUUAAACUUUAACGAAACAACAAUGCAUACAUCAAAAAAUACUAAUGACGCAAUGAAUAAUUCGAAAAAACUGAGUCUUUCCUUAUCGAAAGACGCUCUAAGUUAUAAAAAUCUCCUUCGUCCCGGAUCUAAAAACAAUAUUUCAUCAAAUCCUCCUUCGCCAACAAAGUCAUUCGAUGGAAUUGGAGGGUCUUUUAAUAAUGUAUUAAAUCUCGAGUCUGCCAAACGAGCUCCACAAGGUUCUGAGCCGAAUUUAGAAAAAAGCUUGAGUCGUGGAGAUUUAUACAGUUAUCCUAGUCUUAGUGAUAUGCAAGUACAAUUUAAAAGUUUAGCAGCGCAAAAAAUAUUAAAGGGUUGUCCUAUAAACAGUGUUGAUACACUUGUUGAAGUUAAUAUGGCUGCAACUGAAAAACAAAACAAUUGUGAUGUCACUGUACACACGGAUUUUGGUGUCAUUUAGAAAUAUAAUCGGUGAAAAUAAUGCCAAUUAUUUAUCACGUCUCAUAAUAUUUCCACCAGUAGGACCAAUUGACGCGCUCAAUAUUGCUGAAAAUUAAUUAAACAAAGUAGCAGUAAUAAAAAUUUAAUAAACUCAAACCAAAUUAUCCAUUUCGCUACAAUUUUUAUAUUUACAAUACCUAUAGAUAUUCUACAUAGUAGAAUGAUAUAUUAAAAAAAUAAUUAAUCAAAACGCUUACACGGAAUAACAAUUUUUGAAAAAUUGUCGACAAAAAAAAUAUCUCUUAAUAUUAAUUUUGAAAUGAAAGAAAAUCCUAUUGCUAUAACUUGCAAAACGAUGCCUAGUCCAGUUAGAAUUGAAUUUUAAUUAUUCAAAAAAAUAAAGUUAUAAAAUUAUUAGAAAUGAAACACAUAAUCUUCCUUUUUUACAAUUACUACUCUUUUAGUUUUAUCUUUAAAAGGUGAAUUUAAUUCAUCACGAAAUGCAAAAAUAACGUGGAAUUGGGUAGUUAAUAUUAAAAACCAGAAACAAAAAUUUAGCUAUAAUAAAAAAUAACUAAAUUAAAAAAAAACCAACUUCAGAUUGUAACACUUGAAUAUAAUUUGCUUUGUUGGUGCAGCGCAUUAUUCUCCUGUUCAAAAUUUCAACUUUUUCAACUGCCGAUCAUAAUAUGCUAAAUGUACAACUAUUAAAAGUUUUUAUUAAACGACUUACAGAAAUCAAAAAUUUCAUCAAUUCAACUACAUAAGUUAUAUGUGACCGUCCACGACAAAACAAGGCUUAGCUCCCAAAAAAUCAAUUUUGAGUUUUUCAUGCUAAUCGAUAGAUUUUAAGUUGCUCUUUCACAUGCAAAAGUCAGAAAUUGUUUAUGUCAAUUACUUUUGACACUAUAACGUUCUAAAGACGGGCAUGUCAAGCGUGUUCCUUGUUUCUGCUUCUACUUCAAUCGCUUGCCCUGUGAAAUUUACUUUUGGGAGCUAAGCCUUGUUUUGUCGUGGACGGUCACAUAUAGAAAAGCGUUUAAAACGUUGAGGAUUUGAUGCAUAUAUAACUAUAAUUGUAUGCAUCUAUAAUUUUACUUUUAUAUCAGUGCAUCUUUUAAUUCUAAAUUUUCCAUUAAAAUUUAAGCAUAAAUCUAUAAAUUGAAAAACUCGUGUUGUUAAACACUGCCAUAAUUCAUUAAAAAUCAAACAUAAUAUACGCACAUUGCAAAUAUAUCAAGUCAAUUACGUGUCAUUGGAAGUCUUCCAUUACUUUAAUUCCGUUAAAGUGAUAUGAUGAAGUCAUCCGUAAUAUACAUAUAAAGAUGGUUUAAAAGGAAAUCAAGUUUACACGCCAGCCUCUACAAUUUAGGCAAUGAUCCAGCCAAAUUAUAGUGGCAUUCAAAAUAUAAGUUAUGUAGAUAGAUAAAUACUUAAUGUACUAAAAACUAAUUAAAAUUUACAAAUUAUAUUGAAUGACUUAAUACACAUAAUUCAAAAACAUAAAUUAGAUAUUAAAGUUUUAAAGUUAGAACUUUGUGCAAUUUCAUGUAAAAAAAUAAUAAAAGUGCCAAAACUAAAAUAAUGCGCCUUAAAAGCUACUCUCACAACGAACAUAUAUACAUAGAUUUAAUAUGUUGAAGAAUUUUUAAAAAAGCACGCCUGUAAAAAUAUAUAGUUUUUUCAUAUUCAUAAAAAUAAGAGUCAUGGCAACUAACAUUUUUGUUAAUAUUAUUCACUCAUAUUAUUAUUCUUUCUAUUAUUAAUAUAUUAUAUAUUAUUCACAAUAUUAUAAUCAUCAUUAUCCUAGAUAUUCUUACAGCAUUGUAUUUUUAGUGAAUAUUAAAAAUUCUCUUCCAGUAGGUUUAGUAUAUAUAUAGUUUUGAAAACAAAAACCAUUUCCUAAAGAUAUUAAAAAAAACAUUUGUGAAUAAAAAUUUUGUUAUGUAUGUUUCUUAUAAUUUUAAAAGGUAUUUACAUUAAUUCCGUCCAUUAGAAAACCGAUAUGAUUCUAGUUUUUUAAGAAAUUUUGCAGUUUAAAAAAAAAUUUACAUAAUAAGUAACAAUAUUAGUAUACAGUUGCAAAUUGUGAUGCGUACAAAGUAAUUAAAUAGUUUUAUAAGACUUUCAUGUAUUUACAUUCUAAAAAAUUUUAAAAUACAUACAUAACAAAAUUUUUUGCACUAAAUUUGAUGCAAAAAAAAUUUUAAACUAUUUGAUUUUCUUUAAUAAUUUUAAUUUACUACGAGGCGUUUCUAAAUUUGUAUACCCUAAAACUAAAUUAUUCAAUACAGGGUAGUAAAUGUUAAAUAAAAUUGUGUAAUUGUAAAUUUUCAUACAAGAAAAAAACUUCAUUUUCAUCUUAAAGAAGCUGCUACUCCGUUACAGUAUAGUGGUUUAGAAAUAUUUAAUUUCAAAUUAGAAUUACAGUUUACAUUUUAGAAUAUUAAUAAUUACAAUAAAAAUAUACGCAAAAUUGCACAAAACAAAUGCCUCAAAUAUUACACAUUCCUACUUUGGACAAAUUUAGCUCUAAAUGUAUUAUAAAAAUAUUUGUCCAAAAAACUUUUUAAAAUUGUAAUUGUUAAAGAAUGCUUACAGAUUAAAAGUGAUUGUAUAUUUUUAGAAUAGGUUAUACAACAAUAAUAAAAACAAUUAAUUUAAAAGUA